CCUGCUUUCAGCGUCUGGGGCGCCAAUACUAACGUCGGAAAGACGUUGGUCAGCGUCGGCCUGGCCUACGCAGCCGCGGCCCAUAGGAUAUCCUUGUCGUACGUAAAACCCGUCCAGACGGGAUUCCCCGAGGACUGCGAUGCCCGACUUGUGGUAAGAGGCCAUGCCUGCCUGUCUGUCGUACGGCCCUCCUGUGUUGUCGUACACCGGUGUCAGGCCUUGGCCUGCGGUGGGGUGCUAGACACUGGGCCUCAUGCCGCCGCGACGGCAGCGCUGGCGGGUGCCAAGGGCGCUGCCGCCGCCGCCGCCGGCGCCCAAUCCCGCUGUACGACAUUGUUUGCUUGGCGCCACGCCGUUAGUCCCCAUCUGGCGGUGAGGUUGGAAGGUGCGUCCGAGGAUGGGGCCGGGUUUGCUACAGCCAACGGCAACGGCGCGCUGCUGCUGCUUGAGACGGCGGGGGGUGUAACUAGCCCGGCACCAUCAGGGCGAUUGACGGUUGAUGUACUGCGGCCGCUACGGCACCUGCCUGCCGUACUUGUCGGAGAUGCCCGCCUAGGCGGUAUCUCCGCCACGUUGUCGUCGUACGACAGCUUGGUGGCCCGGGGCUGGGACGUGGAGGCUGUACAUAUCUCCCACAACGACAUCUCGAAUCCUCGGAUGAUCGCACCACCACCCCGUCCCCGUCGCCGUCCCCGCCGCCGCCGCCGCCGUCAGGGCCACGAUGUGCGGUCCCAAGGCCUGGAUCCGCACCUUCGUAACUGGCUGGUGGAUUCCCUGCCGGCGUUUUCGGAACUGCUGGCGGCGCUGUUUCAACGCCACCAGCGGCGGCUGACGGCGCUGCUGGCGAGCCGUGCCGCUGCGGAAACGCAGCUGUGGUGGCCCUUCACGCAGCAUGCAGGACUGACCCAGGGGUCGGCCACCAUCGUCGACGGCCGUUGCGGCGAGACUUGGACGGCUCUAGCGCCGUCGCCCCCGCCGACGAUAACGACGGCGUCAGCUGCGGCGGCGGCGCUGCCGCCGCCGGCGCUCGUCACGUUGUACGACGCCAGCGGAAGCUGGUGGACACAAGCGGCGACGCCGGCGCUGCAGCCGGAAAUCGCGCGCGCGGUGUCGUACGCAGCGGGCCGCUACUUACACGUGUUGUUUGCGGAGGUGGCCCACGAGCCGGCGCUCCGCGCGGCGGCGGCGCUGCUGGCUGGCCCCGGCGCCGGCUGGGCCGAUCGCGUGUUCUUUUCCGACGACGGCAGUACGGCAGUGGAAGUGGCACUCAAGAUGGCUUUCCGAAAAUUCUUAGCAGACCGUGGCGAGCUGCAGCUCGGCGGCGGCGGCGGCGGCGGCGGCGGCGGCGAGCUGAUGGUUCUUGGGCUCCAGGGGGCCUACCACGGGGAUACCCUAGGCGCGCAAGACUGUGUUGCUCCUUCAGUCUUCAACGGGCCCUUGCAGUCCCCGUGGUACCGGGGCCGAGGGCUGUUUCUGGAGCCGCCGUACGUUGGCAUGCGGCAGCAGCUGCCCACGUGGGCCUCCCUGGAUGAAAUUCUGUCGUACAGCAGUAGUACUGGUGACGGCGGCGCCGCCGGCGCCAGCGAGCCGCUGUCGGCGGCGUACCGCACCUACAUCGAGUCAGCGAUCGAUGAGUUCGAGGCCGCCGCUGCCGCUGCCGCUGCCGCUGCCGCUGGCGGCGCCGCCGUCGCGCCUAGCCGACUGGCCGCAUGCGUCAUGGAGCCGCUGCUUCAGGGCGCCGGGGGCAUGUUGGUGGUUGAGCCAGGGUUCCAGCGCGCCGUCGCGGCGGUGUGCCGCCGCCGUCGGCUGCCGCUGGUGUUGGAUGAGGUGUUCACCGGGCUGUACCGCCUGGGCUCCCUCACCGCCGCCGCCACGCUAGGCGUUACGCCGGAUAUAGCCUGUUACGGCAAGCUGCUGACGGGCGGUGCCGUACCGAUGGCGGCCACGCUAGCGACGCGGGAAGUGUUCGAGGCAUUCAGCGGGCCCAGCAAGCUCUUUGCCCUGUUGCAUGGCCAUUCGUACACCGCCUACCCCAUCGGCUGCGCCGCCGCGGUUGCCUCCCUGGAGCUCCUGUCUCGCCCCGAAACCAACCCCAACAUUUGCGCUCCCGGCCGCUGCCCAAAGAGCCCCGUCUGUGACACACCGUGCGGCCGACUGCUGCCGUUCUGGGACGAGCAACACACGGUUUCGGAGUUGUCUCACCAUCCACUCGUUACCCGCGUCGCCGCCGUGGGGACGGUGCUAGCAGUGGAGCUUGCUACUCAAAGCGGCGGCGGCGGCGGCGGCUACCACGCCAGCGGCGUGGGUCCCAUACAGGUAGUACGGCGACUCCGUGAUGUGUACGGCAUUUAUGCCCGGCCGCUCGGGCAGGUGGUUUAUCUCAUGGUUCCCCCCACGGCCCGUCGGGAGACUGCGACG